CCGAGAAGUGUACACUACGAGCAGUCCGCACACUGCACUCUACUCUACGGGACAGCACGGGACAUACACCGGGCUCCGGACACUUAUACACCGGGCAGUGUGCAGGGAAGGAGCAUGUACCACACUCUGUGCCCUCUGAGGAUACUUACCUAGGACAAAGGUGGCCCUUCCACAUCCCAGGAGGAGAGGAAUGGAGUGUCUGGCAUAGUCCAUCCAAUCUAAGUGUAGACUUGCUGAGCCGGGGACAGACAAUGGAUAACUUCUUUAGUGAGGGAACACAAGUCUGGUUACGAGAAAAUGGCCAGCACUACCCCAGUUACGUUCAGUCCUGCGCUGGGGGGGUUGUUGUAUUUAAAACAUAUUAUAAUCAGGUAUUCACAUAUAAACAAAGCACAAUUACUCGCCAGAAGGUGACCACUAUGCAUCCAACCAGCACAAAUGGUGUAGAAGACAUGGCAUCACUGGGUGAUCUACAUGAGGGGUCAAUAAUGUACAAUCUCUACAAGAGAUACCAGGAAGACAGCAUUUAUACAUAUAUUGGCUCUAUAUUGACUUCUGUGAACCCUUACAAAUUGAUUCCUGGUUUAUAUGACCAAAACACAUCAGAGUUGUAUAGCAGACAUCACAUGGGAGAAAUACCACCUCACAUCUUUGCUGUGGCCAAUGAGUGUUACCGUUGCUUAUGGAAAAGACAUGACAACCAAUGUGUUCUCAUAAGUGGUGAAAGCGGGGCAGGCAAAACAGAGAGCACAAAACACAUUCUAAAGUAUUUGUCUGCAAUGAGCCAGCAUUCCCUAGAACUGUCUUCAAAAGUAAAGACCGCCAGUGUGGAACAAGCAAUUUUAGAGAGCAGUCCUAUCAUGGAGUCCUUCGGGAAUGCAAAGACUGUUUACAAUAAUAAUUCAAGCCGUUUUGGAAAAUUCAUUCAACUGAAUAUAUGCCAGAAAGGUCAUAUUCAAGGAGGAAGAAUUGUAGAUUAUUUAUUAGAGAAGAAUCGUGUAGUACGACAGAAUCCCAAGGAGAGGAAUUACCACAUAUUCUAUGCACUGCUGGAGGGGGCCGAGAAAGAGGAGAGAGAGGCAUUUUAUUUAUUGCAAACAGAAAAAUACCACUACUUGAAUCAAUCUGGAUGUAUCACAGAUGAGACCAUCAGUGACAAGGAAACAUUUCAAGAAGUUAAAACUGCCAUGAAAGUUAUGAAGUUUACCUCUGAGAAUGUUCGGGAGGUUCUUAGGUUGCUUGCUGGAAUUUUGCACCUGGGAAACAUAGAAUUCAUAACGGCUGGUGGUGCUCAGAUCUGCAAAAAGACGGCACUGGGGAGAACUGCUGAGUUGCUGGGGCUGGACCCAGAGCAACUAACAGAAGCACUGACCCAUAGAUCCAUGAUCCUCAGGGGAGAAGAGAUCUCCACACCACUCAGUGUAGAGCAGGCUUUAGAUAGCAGAGAUUCCGUGGCCAUGGCACUCUACUCACAGUGUUUUGCAUGGGUAAUAAAGAAGAUUAAUAGCCGGAUAAAAGGAAAAGAUGAUUUUAAAUCAAUUGGUGUUCUGGAUAUCUUUGGAUUCGAAAAUUUUGAGGUCAAUCGCUUUGAGCAAUUCAGCAUAAACUAUGCCAAUGAGAAGUUGCAGGAAUACUUUAAUAAGCACAUUUUUUCAUUGGAACAGCUAGAGUACAGCAGAGAGGGUCUGGUGUGGGAAGCCAUAGACUGGACAGAUAAUGGAGAAUGCUUGGAUUUGAUAGAAAAGAAACUUGGCUUGCUAGCAUUGAUCAAUGAAGAAAGUUACUUUCCACGAGCUACUGAUAGCACCUUAUUGGAGAAGUUGCAUAACCAGCAUGCGAACAACCCUUUCUAUGUAAAGCCAAGAGUUGCUGUCCACAACUUUGGUGUAAAACACUAUGCUGGAGAGGUCUUGUAUGAUGUAAGAGGUACCUUGGAGAAGAACCGAGACACUUUCAGAGAUGACCUUCUUAAUUUAUUGCGUGAAAGCAGGCUUGAUUUCAUAUAUGAUCUAUUUGAACACGUUUCAAGUCGGAAUAAUCAAGACACUUUAAAGUCUGGAACCAAGCACAGGAAACCUGCAGUCAGCCUACAGUUUAAGGUUUCUCUGCAUUCCCUAAUGGCAACACUGAGCACAUCAAAUCCAUUCUUUGUUCGCUGCAUUAAGCCGAAUGUACACAAGAUGCCGGACCAGUUUGAUCAGACACUGGUUUUGAACCAGUUAAGGUAUUCUGGCAUGCUGGAGACAGUCAGGAUCCGCAGAGCCGGCUUUCCCGUCAGAAUAUUGUUUCAAGAAUUUUGUUUUAGGUAUAAAGUGCUAAUGAGAAAUGUAACCCUUCCUGAAGAUUUGAAAGGCAAAUGUGAGACUUUACUCCAUCUUAAUGACACAACUAACAAAGAAUGGCAGCUGGGAAGGACUAAGGUCUUCCUGCGGGAGUCCCUGGAGCACAAAUUGGAGAAGCAACGUGAAGUUGAGGUCUUCAAGGCAGCCUUGAUAGUACAGUCACACAUCAUGGGCUUCGUGGCACGGAAGCAGUACAGAAAGGUGCUACAUUGCAUUGUGGUGAUACAGAAGAACUAUCGGGCUUUCCUGUGGAGGACAAAGUUUUUACGUCUCAAAAAAGCUGCCCUGACCUUCCAGAAGCAGAUGCGUGGGCAGCUAGCCCGGCGUUUGUACAAGCAGCUAAGGGAGCAGAAGCGGAAGGAAGAGGAAGACAAGAAAAGAAGAAAGGAAGAAGAAAGGAGGAGGAGAGAGGAGGAAGAAAGGCUUAAGAAAGAGGAGGAACGAAAACGGCAGGAAGAAGAACGGUUAAAGAAAGAAGCAGAAGAAAGGGAAAUACAAAGACAAGAAGCAGAACUACAAGCCAAGCAGGCUGAGGAAGCAAGAAGACAGCAGGAACUUACUACCAUGUUGGAAGCUCAGAGAGAGACCGGAGAAAAAGUUGAAUUAGCGAAACAGAAGGAGAACAAGCAGGUGGAAGAAAUUCUCAGACUAGAAAAAGAAAUUGAUGACUUACAGCGCAUGAAGGAAAAGCAAGAACUAUCUUUAACAGAGGGAUCUUUACAGCGGCUGCAGGAGCUCCGUGACCAGGAGUUGAAGCGAUUAGAAGAAGAAGCAUGUAAAGCCGCUCAGGAGUUUCUUGAUUCUCUUAAUUUUGAUGAGAUUGAUGAAUGUGUUAAGAACAUUGAAAUGUCCCUUUCUGUAAGUGAUGCCCUUCCAGAUGACCUCAAUGGCAUUGCUAGCUGUGAAAAGCCGAAUUUUAACUUCAGUCAGCCAUACCCUGAGGAAGAGGUAGAUGAAGGGUUUGUUGCUGAUGAUGAUGUGUUUAAGGAUUCACCUAACCCUAGUGAACAUGGGCACUCAGACCAAAGAACAAGUGGAAUUCGGACCAGUGAUGAUUCCUCUGAAGAGGAUCCCUAUAUGAACUACACAGUUGGGCCAGCACCUCCAAACGUGCCAAGUAAUACAUUAAUCUCUAAAGGACAAGAGGCAAAACCUUUUAAUAAAACAACUGGGGGAGAGUCUUCUUACUGUGUGCCAGAAAAAGCACACAAUGGACCAAUUGGUCUUGCAAACCCUUUUAUCCCAGAUGCGGAUUAUGAUUAUGAUCAUGGUGAUUAUCAAGAUGGGGCCAUCACCUCUGGAAGCAGUGUAACAUUUUCUAACUCACACAGUAGUCAGUGGUCUCCUGAUUACCAGUGUUCCAUAGGGACAUACAACAGCUCAUCUGCAUACAGAUUCAGUUCAGAAGGUGCACAGUCUUCUUUUGAAGACAGUGAAGAAGACUUUGAUUCAAGGUUUGACACAGAUGAUGAGCUCUCUUAUAGAAGAGAUUCCGUCUAUAGUUGUGUUACACUGCCUUAUUUCCACAGUUUUCUGUACAUGAAAGGUGGAGUGAUGAACACAUGGAGGAAGCGUUGGUGUGUCUUGAAAGAUGAGACAUUCUUAUGGUUCCGGUCUAAGCAGGAGGCCUUGAAACAGGGUUGGCUUCAUAAAAAAGGUGGUGGCUCAUCAACUCUUUCUAGAAGGAACUGGAAAAAACGCUGGUUUGUUCUUCGUCAGUCCAAGCUCAUGUACUUUGAAAGUGAUAAUGAAGAAAAACUGAAGGGGUCUAUAGAACUGCGGGCAGUCAAAGAGAUCAUCGACAACACAGGCAAGGAAAAUGGUAUUGAUAUAGUAGUGGAAAAUCGGACUUACCAUUUAAUUGCUGAGUCAGCAGAAGAUGCAAGCCAAUGGUUCAGUGUGAUGAGCCAGGUCCAUUCAUCCACAGAACAGGAGAUUCGGGAGAUGCACGAUGAGCAAGCAAAUCCACAAAAUGCUGUGGGCACAUUGGAUGUUGGAAUGAUUGAUUCAGUCUGUGCUUCUGAUAACCCUGACAGACCAAACUCCUUUGUAAUCAUCACGGCAGACCGUGUUCUUCACUGUAACUCAGACACCCCAGAAGAAAUGCAUCACUGGAUAACACUACUGCAGAGAUCCAAGGGUGACACCCGAGUGGAAGGGCAGGAAUUCAUUGUCAGAGGUUGGUUAUACAAGGAAAUGAAAAAUAGCCCUAAGAUGUCCUCUUUGAAACUGAAGAAGCGCUGGUUUGUUCUUACCCACAAUUCCUUGGACUAUUAUAAGAACUCAGAGAAAAAUGCCAUGAAAUUGGGGACCUUGGUUCUGAACAGCCUCUGCACUGUUGUACAGCCUGAAGAGAAGAUUUUUAAGGAAACUGGAUACUGGAAUGUAAUGGUGUAUGGCCGCAAACACUGCUACCGUCUUUACACAAAACUGCUAAAUGAAGCUACAAGGUGGUCCAGUGCUAUUCAGAAUGUCAUAGACACUAAGGCACCUAUUGACACUCCAACACAGCAACUUAUACAGGACAUUAAGGAGAACUGUCUGAACCCUGAAGUUGUGGAGCAGAUUUACAGAAGAAACCCAAUACUGAGAUAUACACAUCACCCUCUGCAUUCUCCUUUAUUACCCCUUCCCUAUGGAGACAUCAAUUUAAGCUUGCUAAAGGACAAAGGCUACACCACCCUCCAGGAUGAAGCCAUCAAGAUUUUCAAUUCUUUGCAGCAGCUGGAAUCUCUCUCUGAUCCUGUCCCGAUAAUUCAAGGCAUUCUGCAGACAGGUCAUGAUCUGCGACCACUAAGAGAUGAACUGUACUGCCAGCUUAUUAAACAAACGAAUAGAGCUCUACACCCUGGCAGCACUGGGAACUUGUACCACUGGCAGAUACUCACUUGCCUGAGCUGCACAUUCCCACCCAGCCGCAGCAUUCUCAAGUAUCUCAAGUUUCAUCUGAAGAGGAUUCGGGAACAGUUUCAAAGCUCAGAAAUGGAAAAGUAUGCAGUGUUUAUCUACGAGUCACUGAAGAAAACCAAAUGCAGGGAGUUUGUGCCAUCUCGAGAUGAAAUUCAAGCAUUAAUUAACAGGCAGGAAAUUGCAACAACUGUGUACUGCCACGGUGGGGGAGCAUGCAAGAUCGCUAUUAACUCCCACACCACAGCUGGCGAGGUUGUAGAAAAGUUGAUUCGGGGACUGGCGAUGGAAGAUAGCAGAAAUAUGUUUUCUCUUUUUGAAUUCAAUGGGGUCACAGAGAAAGCCAUAGAAAGCAGAUCGGUGGUUGCAGAUGUGUUAGCAAAAUUUGAAAAGCUUGCUGUCAGUGCUGAACCAGGAGAUCAACCAUGGAAGUUCUUCUUUAAACUUUACUGCUUCUUGGAUACAGAACGUGUGCCAAAAGACAGUGUUGAAUAUGUGUUCAUGUUUGAGCAGGCACAUGAAGCUGUUAUUCAAGGUCAUUACCCAGCACCUGAGGAUACUUUGCAAGCCUUGGCAGCCUUAAGGUUACAAUAUUCACAGGGAGACUACAGUCUACAAACUAAUGUGCCAGAGAUGGAAGACUUUUACCCAGUGCAUAGGCUAAGGGCCCGUGUAGCUCAAUCCACCAAAGCGUCUACAACAUUUGAAAGGACUGAGAGGAAGAGGUCUAGUUUCUUAGAAGGAACAUUAAGGAGAAGCUUCCGAAGUGGCUCUGUGAGUAAACAGAAGGUAGAAGAGGAACAAAUGCUGGACAUGUGGUUGAAAGAAGAGGUCCUGUCAACCAAAGCCAAUAUUACUGACAAAUGGAAGAAGCUACUAGGACUGAAUCCUGAACAGUGCAUGACUAAGUAUAUGGCUCUGAUAAAAGAAUGGCCUGGCUAUGGAUCAACUUUAUUCGAAGUUGAGUGCAAAGAAGGUGGGUUCCCACAAGAGCUGUGGCUGGGUAUCAGUGGUGAGGCUGUUUCUGUCUACAAAAGAGGAGAGGGGAGACCUUUGGAAGUGUUUCAUUAUGAACAUAUCCUUUCUUUUGGUGCUCCACUUGCCAAUACCUACAAGAUUGUUGUUGACGAAAGGGAACUUCUAUUUGAAACCAGUGCGGUGGUUGAUAUCGCAAAGCUUAUGAAAGCCUACAUCAGUAUGAUAGUAAAGAAGAGGUUCAGUACUACACGAUCUGAGAGCAGCCACAGUCAAGGAAGUUCUAGGUGAAGACAGUGAUUCUUGCAUAUCAGCUGUCAACACUGCCCGAGUCUCACAUAAGCAAAUGGUGCUUUCAAUAUUUUUAGCUGGAAAAGUUCUCAUCUCUUCACCAAGCAAUGCCAAGAUGAUUCAGUGCCUAAAGCGUUUAAACUGCCAGCAAGAUCCCCAAAGCUGUACUUCUUCACACUGACAAUUGCCUUAGAAAAAACAACCUGCCUUUAAUGCAGAGUGACGUGCCUUCAGUCCGAAUUCACUCUUAGCGGCCAAAAAGUGUGCCCACCCGUUUUCCUCAAGAGAAAGUAUUGGAGUGCUGCAGGCAGCCUUCUCCAGGGACAUUUUCGUAAAGCAGCAAGCAUUUUGCUUGGAAUUUAGUAUUUUGCCUUUUUGUGAAUAUUUGAGUCUUAAAUUCUAUUUUUAUUCUGAGUUUCAGAAGAAAGGGAAUGAUGAUGUGCAAUUGUGUGUACAGUUUGUUUAGUUAUUUGUAUGUUUCUCAACAGUUUAAAUGUCAGUAACCUUAAAGUUCCAACCCUACCAUGUUGUAUUAAGUUUUCUUUAUAGCCAGUAUGCUGUACAUCAUCUAUCUGCUGUAUUUUAAAUUAAGAGAUGACUUAGCUAAUUGAAUGGUAAUCAGUAUUUAUAAACUGCCUUAUUACGAAGAUACUUAAACUAUUUUGGUAGCACUUGGUCUACAGAUGUUUUAUUUACUUGAUACCUUUUAAUAGCACGGUCAUAGUGCUUGUAAAUAGGUAAAUGUGAGUGCUUUAUUUUUGUAUGAAAAUUUUAAUAUGAAGCUAAACAUUAAUACCACCCAGUGGGAAGGGUCAGGAACCAAAUCUUUAUACUGCAAUGGAAAUGAUGUAUGUUGAAAAGGUUGGCUUCAUUGUAAAAUAAAUGCUUGUCAAUAAAAUGUUGUAUUUAAUAUGAAUUGGCUUGGGAAAAUGUUAUAUUAAAGGAUUACUAUACUACAGGAAUAGGCAACCUUUGAGAGGUGGAGAUCUACCCGAACAACAUGGAAGAGAACAAAGAUCCCAGCGUUUGCUCCUUUUUUACAUAUUAUUCUUUGUUUUGUUUUUUACAAAAAG